UUUCGACAUCUGAGCCGUCUAAAAUAUUGUGUAUACAUUGUUUAUCUGAACAUAGUAUGUACAUUCUGGCAGCCUCAAACAAAUUGGUGGGAUCCCCGCUCUAGAUUCUCAUUGCUUUCUGUUCUGUCGCGAACGUAGCACCACUUUUGUGUUUAUAAUGUUUCUCUCGUGAAAUCUGUGCCAGUGAAGGGACUGAUAAUCGUUUAUAACUCAACAAAAUGGCGUUGUACUAUGAUGAUGGUACACCGUAUGUUUUAUUGGGAGGACAUAGAAUACAAUUAGAAAGAGAGCCGUUUACGGAACAGUAUUAUGUAGAAAAAGCGGAAAAGGAACUAAGAGAGACGCCGGAAAAUGUAGAAAAAGGGCUUAGAGAGUUACGUGAACUUUUACAAGGAGAAUUAAGCCUGGUUGUACCAAUUGAAGAUGAUGUGUUCUUGAUGAAGUUUUUGAGACCGUGCAAGUUCUACGCUGAAAGUGCUUUUAAACGGAUAAAAGCCUAUUACAAUUUUCGUCUGCUAUAUGCGAACUAUUGCAAGGAUCUCACUCCGAGAGCAACUCAGGCUGCAUUCCAGAACUCCAUUGUUUCCAUGCUGUCACCCAGGGACCAGCAAGGCCGUCGCCUAUUGUUCGUGGAAUCUGGAGAACUUUGGAAGCCACGUGUGGUACCACUUGCUGAAAUGUUCCGUGGGGUACAGAUAGCUUUGGAAUCCGCACUGGAGGAGCCCCGGACCCAAGUAAGCGGCGUCAACGUAGUAAUAAACCUAAAAGGACUAUCGCUUUCGCACAUUAUGCAUUUCACGCCAUCUUUUGCCAAAAUGAUCGUGGAUUGGAUACAGGAUUGCAUACCAGUCCGUCUAAAGGGAGUGCACAUUAUAAACCAACCAUACAUCUUCAAUAUGUUAUUUGCACUUUUCAAACCAUUCCUAAGUACGAAGUUACGCUCGCGGAUACAUUUCCACGGAUCUGACACAACUAUGCUACUUAAAGACGUAGAUGCCUCGCAACUGGUAGUGAGGUGUGGUGGAACCCUUCCGGAAAACGAGGAAACUGGAGAUAUAAUGUGGAAAAUGCUUUGUCACUAUGAAGAGGAUUUUAAAACUAAAAUCUGUCAUGGUUACGUCAACAACAACAAUAAAUGUUGAUGCCUUCGUCACAUGCUUCUGUGGGGAAGAGGAACAUAUCAGCUGGUGUGAUCACUGUUCAGGCACAAACAACGGACGGCCUUAUAAAGAGUCAUAAAUGCUCUUUUUUACAUUAAAUAUUUGUAAGUUUAUAAACGUCAAACGACUUUUAUUUUUAAUCGACAAAUAAUGGAACUCAAUUUUUGUGAUAAUUUAUAGAUCUUAGCGUCUUUGACGUUUGAGCGGUGUACUCUAUGUUAACAGCGCUAAUAUAUUUGGAUACAAAUAUAAUAUAAUUCUUUGUUACUAUAAUAUAUAGUGGGUUCCUGGUUUUAAUGGUUAAUAUAGUAUUUUUAAGACAUAGUACAAUUAACUCUGGUUCAAGAUCUGCAAAUUUGCUCUUUGACUUGUGAUUCAAAAUGCGAACCCAUAAACAAUAUCAGAUAAUAAGUUACUUAAUAUAAUAAUGUUUAUUAAUGUAUGUGAGAUUUUAAAUAAAAAUGCAUUUA